AUGUUGGACUCAGUAACUCACAGCACCUUCCUACCCAACACAACAUUCUGUGACUCCCUGAUGUCGUGGACAGACGUGUUCGGAAAUGAAGAAUACUAUCCCACCUAUGAUCAUCAAACAGCCUGUGAUUCCUACUGGACAUCCGUCCACCCAGAAUACUGGACUAAGCGCCACGUCUGGGAGUGGCUGCAAUUUUGCUGUGACCAGUACAAGCUGGAUGCCAACUGCAUCUCUUUCUGCCACUUCAACAUCAACGGUUUGCAGCUCUGCAGCAUGACUCAAGAAGAGUUCAUUGACGCUGCGGGGAUUUGUGGAGAAUACUUGUAUUUCAUCCUCCAAAACAUCCGAACGCAUGGCUAUUCCUUUUUUAAUGACAUUGAAGAGACCAAGGCUUCUAUCAAAGAUUGUCCUGAAACUACAUGUUUAAAAACGGGUGGCAUCAAAAGCCAGGAAUGUCACAGUCAUGGAAGAAAUGGCCUGCAGAGUUCUCACCUGUGGGAAUUUGUAAGAGACCUCCUCUUGUCUCCUGAAGAAAACUGCGGCAUUCUUGAAUGGGAGGAUAGGGAACAAGGUAUUUUUAGGGUGGUUAAAUCAGAAGCUCUGGCAAAGAUGUGGGGACAAAGGAAGAAAAAUGACAGGAUGACAUACGAAAAACUGAGCAGAGCUCUGAGGUACUAUUAUAAAACUGGAAUUUUGGAACGGGUAGACAGAAGGUUAGUGUACAAAUUUGGAAAAAAUGCACAUGGGUGGCAGGAAGACAAGUUAUGA